AUGAACAAGGAAAAUGUCAUAAAGUACUUUGAUUUACUUCAGGAUAUUUUAAUAGAAUAUAAUUUGAUUGGCAAGCCCGGUAAUAUUUUCAAUAUUGAUGAAACUGGGCUCCAAUUAAACAAUAAACCCGGGUAUGUUGUGGCUGCUAAGGGCUCUAGAAGUGUUUCCAACGUGACUUCUGGAGAAAAAGGGGAAACCAUAUCAGUUAUUGCCUGUUGUAACGGUGAAGGUGUAUUUCUUCCUCCAGCGUGUGUCUUGAAGGGGAAAAACGAAAAACCGGAGUACAAAGAUGGAAUGCCGCCCGGGUCAGCAAUCUAUAUGUCACAGAAGUCAGCUUAUGUGACAAGCGAGAUCUUCUAUUUAUGGCUAAGAAAUCAUUUUUUGCCUAGGAAACCAGUAGGAACGGUAUUAAUGAUAUUGGAUGGUCACAGUUCCCAUUGCAGCGCAGUGGACAUGCUUGAAUUUGCAGAGAAAAACAAUAUCAUUUUACUGUGCUUACCCAGCCAUACCACACACUACUUGCAGCCACUGGAUAGAGCAUUUUUCAAAUCUUUCAAGACGUUCUAUUACAAUGCAUGUAAUGUAUUUAUGAAAGCAAAUCCUAUGAGGAAAAUAAAUAGACUCGUAUUUGGUAGAUUGUUAAGUGAAGCGUGGAUAAAAGCAGCCACUCCAAGCAAUGGGAUAUCAGGGUUCCAUGCCACAGGCAUUGUUCCAUUUAAUCCUCAUGUCGUUCCUGACUAUGCCUUUCUAACAGAUGUCCCACCUCAGGGAGAAAAUUGUCAACCAGCUCUUUCAGAUCCGCCACCCACAACACAGGCAGGGCAUUUGCAGCCAAGUCCUUCACAUCAGCCAUCAACAACCAAUAAUGUUGCAGGAAAUUCCGUUUCCUCUGGACCGGGGUGUUCAAAUUUAGUUUUAAUUGAGUUACCACAAGCGGCUAGAUACAACAAUAACAACUGCAGUGAUCCGGUUUCAAAUAACUCGAGCGAUGAUGCUAUCACACCUGGCAAAAUGUUGGAUCAAAUUUUUCCAGUACCCAACUUACCUCGUCUUGAAGCGGCUCGCAAAAGGGCAAGAAACUUAGCCUCAGUUUUGAAUACUGAGAAUAACAUUAAAAUUUUGAAGGAAAAAAUACAGGUAAAAUGCAACAAAGAAGUAAUUAAGAACAAGGUUAAACAAACCAAAAAUAAGACCAUAAAAAAGAAAUUAGAAAUGCUUGACAAAUCCGAUGAGGAAAGCGAACCGGAUCUAGACGAUGAGGAAGAAGUCAUCGAUGAUGAUGAUAAUGACUACUGUGUAGGAUGCAGUGAAGAGUACAAGGCCACUAAGAAAAGUGUUGACUGGAUUAAGUGUGUAAGAUGUGAGCGCUGGUUGCACGAAGAUUGCACGAAAUAUGGAAACUACUGUGAUACCUGUGGAAAAUUUGUGCUCAAACGCAAGAAAAUAUGA